CCUGGGCAAGGUUCACUGCUCAUGCUUCCUGUUUGUGAAACUCGGUCGUCCUAGCAGCACAGACUCAGGCUUGAGAGCAGAUCAUGCCACUGAACCAACUGCAUAGCUGGCUGAAUGCUGUACUCUUUGGGCUCCUGCUUCUCCUCGUCCAUGUGCACGGUCCGGAUGCAUCAGAGGCCAGCCCCAUCAGAAACACACAUACAGGCCAGGUCCAAGGCAAGCUCGUCCACGUGAAGGACACUAAAGCUGGUGUCCACACCUUCCUGGGAAUUCCCUUUGCCAAGCCACCUGUAGGAUCGCUGCGCUUUGCACCUCCUAAGGCCCCUGAGCCAUGGAGUGGUGUGAGAGAUGGGACCUUACAACCAGCCAUGUGUCCGCAAAGUCUUGAUGUAAUGAAUGCAGAGGGCCUGAAGGAGAUGAAACUGAAGCUGCCACCUGUCUCUAUGUCUGAGGACUGCUUGUAUCUCAACAUCUACACACCAGCCCAUGCCCAGGAGGGCUCUAAUCUGCCUGUGAUGGUGUGGAUCCAUGGUGGUGGACUGGUUGCAGGCAUGGCUUCGAUGUAUGAUGGAUCCCUAUUGGCAGCCAUUGAGGACUUGGUGGUGAUCACUAUCCAGUACCGCCUGGGUAUCCUGGGCUUCUUCAGCACUGGAGAUGAGCAUGCCAGAGGCAACUGGGGAUACCUGGACCAAGUGGCCGCCCUACGCUGGGUGCAGCAGAAUAUUGUCCACUUUGGAGGCAACCCUGACCGUGUCACUAUUUUUGGAGAGUCUGCAGGUGGCACAAGUGUGUCUACACAUGUUGUGUCCCCCAUGUCUCAAGGACUCUUCCACGGAGCCAUCAUGGAAAGUGGAGUAGCCCUGCUGCCUUACCUUAUCGCUGACACCUCUGAGAUGUUCUCUGCUAUGGUGGCCAAGCUCUCUGGAUGUGAGGCCAUGGACUCAGAGGCCCUGGUGCACUGUCUGAGAGGCAAGAGUGAAGAGGAGAUUCUGGCUAUUAACAAGAUGUUUCCUGCUGUGGUGGAUGGAGAGUUCCUACCCAGACAUCCCAAAGAGUUGUUGGCAUCUGAGGAUUUUCACCCUGUUCCCAGCAUCAUCGGUGUCAACAAUGAUGAGUUUGGCUGGACCAUUCCUAUGCUCAUGGGCUCUGCUCAGACAAUAAAGGAAAUAACCAGAGAGAACCUGAACGCUGUUCUGAAGAAUACAACAGCACAGAUGAUGCUGCCACCAGAGUAUAGUGACCUGCUAAUGGAAGAGUACAUGGGGAACACUGAGGAUGCCCAGACACUCCAAGCACAGUUCACAGAGAUGAUGGAAGACUUCAUGUUUGUGAUCCCUGCACUUCAAGUAGCCCAUUUUCAGCGAUCCCAUGCUCCUGUCUACUUCUAUGAGUUCCAACAUCAGAUCACCUCUCUCAAGGAUAUCAGACCACCCCACGUGAAGGCUGACCACGCUGAUGAGGUUCCUUUUGUCUUUGGGUACUUCUUCUGGGACAUGAAAAUUGACUUCACUGAGGAGGAGAAGGUGCUGAGCAGGAGGAUGAUGAAGUACUGGGCCAACUUUGCUCGGCAUGGGAACCCCAACAGCGAGGGUCUACCCUCCUGGCCCAUGCUGAACCAAGAUGAGCAGUAUCUGCAGCUGGACACCCAGCCUGCUGUGGGCCGAGCCCUGAAGGCCAGAAGGCUGCAGUUCUGGACCAAGACUCUGCCCCAGAAGAUCCAGGAGCUAAAGGGUUCUCAGGACGAGCAUGAAGAGCUGUAGCGUCCUGUGUCAGGAAUGGUGUGUGAGGUUGAAAGUCGACCGCGUUACAAAGGCCAUUUAUUUAUUCUUAUUUGUUCCAACACUUAAUAAGCAUUUGUAACCUCAGUCUUUGAGCUUACACGUAUGAAAAACUCUCUGUAUGUUAUUCCUUGUCAUUCUGGGCAAACUUUCAUUAAAUUCAAUAAGUCCUCAAA